GGCUGUGGUUUUUGAAAGUUGUCUGGCUUUCAUUUGCUGAGGUGCGAGGUCACAUCUGAGUCUAACAUUUCCUGCUAAUAUUUCCUCAUUAGCUUGGAUUGGCCGACCUGUCCCGGCUGUAACUUUUGCCCAAAACAAAUCUCUGAUUUCACAUUUUAAUCGGUAGGCAGCGAAGGAGGGAAGUUUUGUCUUCCAUGUUCUAAUAACAACUUGCAUUUGUGUCGUGCUUGUAUCAUCGACAAACAUCUUGGAGCGGCUUCACGGAGAUACUCGGAUGUUAACUGGUCAGAUGAGACGUUAAGAAGGGGUGGUCAGCAGUUUGGACAGAGAUUACCAACUGGAAUGUUUUUUGGGAAAAUUAUAGAGCCAUGAAGAGAAACAAACAGUGGAAUGUCAGCAAAGCACUGGCUCUUGCCAGUCUCUAUCACUUUCUUCAUAGUGCAGCAGCAGCCUGUGUGGUUCCGUUCCUUACUAUAUACUUCAGGCAGCUUGGAUUGACUGCACAAUUUGUUGGCAUUAUCAUGGGAGUAAAGUAUUUUAUCUUCAUGCUUUGUACUCCCUUUUGGUCUUACUGUGCUGGGCGCCAUAACAAAAGGAGAGUUCUUAUACUUGGUUCCUUGUUGUCAUCAGUAGGAGCAGGCCUUCUAUUCACACUCAUUCCACCUAUAGAUAAGGAAAUAGAAUACAAAUUCUGUAACAGAAGUAUAUAUGCAAAAAACGGUUGGAAUCAAAAUACAAGACCAGAAGUCAAAGACCAUAUCAGUGACAUUAAGAUGAAUAAAUUUGCAUAUACCAUUCUUCCAACAGUAGUGAAUGGUGCUUUAACAAGCCUUCCUAGUUCAACACUCCAAGCUGAAAUUGAAGAAAACUUCCCGAGGCUGACCACUGUUGAAUCAUCUAUUACAAACAGAAUCAACCGUCUAAAACGGCCACACAAGACUGAACUGAGCAAUGUUACAUAUUCAUAUGUAUCAACUCCAUCAGAAAAUAGAGGUAGUACACAAACUGGAGAUGAUAAUCGUCAAUCAAAGUUGAACCAAUUUCUGCAGAUGAAAGACUCUGGCCAUGUAAGAACCAAGGUAGAAUCUGCCAAGCAUUUUCCUUUUAAAGAAGAUAACAAGGAGAAAAACAGUACUUUAGAUGUUUAUUCUACUUCAGUUAACAGUGCCAUCAUGAAAAGGGAUGUUGCUUUGAAAACUGGCUCUGAAGACCGAUUAGAAAAGCAGCACAUUAACACUGAGCCUGAUCACAGUUUUAAAAUUCUAGACAACCAACACCAGACACUCGUGCUUAUUUUACUAGCUGUGGCUCUAUGGGAAGUUCUAGCAUCAGCUUUGGAGUGGGUUGCAGAUGAUGGGCUCUAUGACUAUCUGGACUGUGUUGACUCUGUUGACCGUUAUGGUAAACAGUGGAUUUGGGGUUACUUGGGCACAGCUGGAGCAUCUUUUAGCAUAGGGAUUCUUGUGGAUAGGCUGCACUGUUUUAUUAAUGCAUAUACUUCUAGGAUUGCAGUGCAUUUUUAUGGUUAUGCAGUGUUGAUUACAUUGACACUUCUUGUUGGUGUGUUCUAUCCAAUUCAUACAGCUAAGAAAAAUGACAUGAUAAACCGCACUGUCAAAGGAUUACAUCUGUUGGGAGGUGAUGGAAGGGCUAUGUUAUAUGUGAUCACAGUCUUUAUCACAGGAGCUAUUAGAUCUACAAUAAACAACUUCCUGUUCUGGCAAAUGCAGAACAAUGGAAGCAGUGAGACUUUUAUGGGCAUUGCUGUAGCAAUUGGAUUUAUAGCUGAAGUUCUACUUUAUCUUUUCAAGGACAAAAUGUUAAAGAUCUUGUCAUUCUCUGGAUCAGUGGCAUUUGGACUUGUUUGCCUCACAGCCCAGCUGCUUUAUUAUUCGUUCCUCUGGUCCUCUUGGGCAGUAUUGCCUAUUCAAAUCCUGAAUGCUUUUAGCAAUGGUGCCUUAUGGUGGGCUGUUUGGGGACAAGCUAAUGAUUUAGCUACCCCUGGUAUUGAAAGAACACUCCUUAAAAUCUACCAUGUUUUAUCCUUUGGUCUAAGUGCAAGCAUUGGCAGUGUUUGCAGUGGCUUCAUUGUGAACAAUUUUGGCAUAGAAAGACUUUAUCAAGCAUGUUCAGCUAUUGCUAUGGUUUGGUUAGUGGUCUUCCUCAUUGUACAGUCAAAAAUUCCUCGGCAAAAGAGGGUAAACUAUUCGCGGCUCUUAGCUGAUACCAGUGAUAUGAGUGACUCGGAUGAUGAGCAAGGUAAAGAUUGGCUUAUUACAGCUCUGAAAAAUGAUGACUUUUACAGAAGUAGUUAGUC